CCGCAACCUUGUCUGAUGUGAUCAUUAACCUUCUUGGAAAACGCAGCUGGCAGUUCUCUGAGGUUUGUCAUUAGAAUGUGAAGACAGCCACACAGAAAUUGCACAGACUAUUUACAGAUCGUUUGGUUUACACUGAGAGCCAUUGCUUCACUUUUGUGCGGUAGGAAAAUGAGAUUUCAGAAAUUCCUUUUUGCAUUUUUUAUUUUUAUUAUGAGUCUUCUCCUUAUCAGCGGACAGAGACCAGUUAAUUUGGCCAUGAGAAGAAAAUUGCGCAAACACAAUUGCCUUCAGAGGAGAUGUAUGCCUCUCCAUUCACGAGUACCCUUCCCCUGAGGUAUUUCUGACAGAAAAUAGUUUUGCUACAUUUAUGCAAUGUUCCAAGAUAGAUAUACCAGAGAAUGUUUAUUCACAGUUUGUAAUAUGUGGUAAUGGCUUGUGGUGAUGUCAAGGCUUAUGAGAUACAUACCAAUAAAUGAAAGAGUGAAAUG